AUGGAGUGCUACUUCCCAUGGCCUUCUAGUGCCAGUUCUAGUCUCUAUUGGGACAAGGACGAUACUUUGAAGAUGGCACAGCAAGGUGCUACUACUGGAAUAACAUCCUUACUACCGCCACAUCUCGCUCGACUAUUCCAUCCCCGUCCUCUUUUACCUGCUCCAACACCACUCGACAAGGACUUUGAAGACAAGCCAAAGGUCAGGCUAGAUGGAAUAGCCCAGUAUCUCGAUCUAUGUAAAGAACAUGACAAGGACUACACUCCUACUGAAACCGCUCAACAAAGGAGAGAGAGAAAGAAAAAGGAAAAGGCUGCUCAAGCUGCUGAACAAGUCAAAAAGGGCCUGGAAACUUGGAAUCCACUCAAAGACCCCAAUAUAAAGUCAGACACUUACAAAACUAUGAUUGUUGCAAGACUGGAUUACAGGUGUACUGAACGAGACUUGGCUCAAGCAUUCAAUGAUUUCGGUCCCAUUCAAUCUAUCACAAUCAUCAAGGACAAAAUAACCGGAAAACCACGUGGCUACGCAUUCAUCGAAUUCAAAAACGAAAAAGACAUGAAGGCUGCCAUCCAAUACGCUGACGGAAUGAAAAUCCUCGAUCGUCGCAUUCUAGUCGACGUAGAACGUGGUCGAUCCGGUGUAAACUUUCGUCCUCGUCGCCUCGGUGGUGGGCUGGGCGGUACCCGUAUUGGAUCCAAACAUGACAAUUAUGUAGGUAAAUCCCCGAAUGAUCCUCUGGUUGCCCCGUCUCGUGCUGGCGGCCCUUCCUAUGGUGAUCGAGACAGAGGAUUUGGUGGUGGUGGCGAUAGGAGAGGUCCUCCACCCCCUCGCAGAUAUGAUGAUAAUAGAGGUGGUGGUGGGUUCGGAGAUAGGGAUCGUUCAUCGUCAUCCUAUGGAAGACCCAAUGAUCGUGAUCGGGGAUAUGUUAAUAGAGAUGCUGAUAGGUCAAGAGAUGGUAGGGAUUAUCGUGAUGAUCGUCGUGGUGGUGGAGGCGACCGUGGUGGUGGUGGAAGGAGUGAUGGUGAUCGUGGUCGUGAUGCAGGUAGAGGUGGUGGUGAUCGUGAUAAGAGAGAUGAUAGGAAGAGAUCUAGGAGUCCUCGUCGUGAUAGGUAA